ACACGCCUCUGGGCCGCCGACUCUCGAGUCUCGCUCCUGCUCCCUGCGUCCGCGAAGAUGAAUGUGAGGAGGGUGGAAAGCAUCUCGGCUCAGCUGGAGGAGGCGAGCUCCACAGGCGGUUUCCUCUACGCUCAGAACAGCACCAAGCGCAGCAUUAAAGAGCGGCUCAUGAAGCUCUUGCCCUGCUCAGCUGCCAAAACGUCGUCUCCUGCUGUUCAAAACAGCGUGGAAGAUGAACUGGAGAUGGCCACCGUCCGGCAUCGGCCUGAGGCUCUGGAACUUCUGGAAGCCCAGAGCAAAUUUACCAAGAAAGAACUCCAGAUUCUUUACAGAGGAUUUAAGAAUCCUUGCCCUCUGUCCCACCAGGAAUGUCCCAGUGGUGUUGUUAAUGAAGAAACCUUCAAAGAGAUUUACUCACAGUUCUUUCCACAGGGAGACUCGACAACAUACGCACAUUUUCUGUUUAAUGCGUUUGAUACGGACCACAAUGGAGCUGUGAGUUUUGAGGAUUUCAUCAAGGGUCUUUCCAUUUUGCUCCGAGGGACAGUUCAAGAAAAACUCAACUGGGCAUUUAAUUUGUAUGACAUAAAUAAAGAUGGCUACAUCACUAAAGAAGAAAUGCUUGAUAUAAUGAAAGCAAUAUAUGAUAUGAUGGGUAAAUGCACAUAUCCUGUCCUCAAGGAAGAUGCUCCUAGACAACACGUCGAAACAUUUUUCCAGAAAAUGGACAAAAAUAAAGAUGGAGUUGUUACCAUAGAUGAAUUCAUUGAAAGUUGCCAAAAAGAUGAAAACAUAAUGCGCUCCAUGCAGCUCUUUGAAAAUGUGAUUUAACUUGUCAAAUGCAUCCUCAAUCAAACAGACAAAUGUGAACUACUCUACCACACUUAAAGUUGGAGCUACCACUCUUAGCAUAGAUUGCUCAGCUUUACACUGAGGCAUAUUAUGCAAACAAGCUUUGUUUUAAUAUAAAGCAAUCCCCAAAAGAUCUGAGUUUUCCAGUUACAAAUUUGCAUCCUUUUCAUAAUGCCACUGAGUUCAUGGGAUGUUCCAAGUCAUUUCAUACCCUGUGACUAUUCAAAAGUAAUAGAAUCUGGCAUAUAGUUUUAUUGAUUCUUUAGCCAUGGGAUUAUUGAGCUUUCACAUUAUCAGUAAUUUUAAAAUACCAGUGUUUUUUGCUACUCAACUGGAUGUAUUCAGCCCCAGGAUUUUAAAUGGUUUUCUAAAAUAUUGGCAUCUGCAUUUAAUUUCCAGAAAUUAAUUUUCAUGUUUGUAUGCUGUAAUUCCAUUUAUACACUAAGUAAACAAAACAAGAUUACUAUAAUUAAAAAACAAACAAACACACAGUUCCAAUUUCUA